GGGCCAAGAGCUGGACCCAAUGAUCCUAGAAUCAAGAGAGUCUACGAUCCUAUUGCUAAAUCAACUCUUAGAACAGAUUUCUUGCCGCUAUUAAAUGUUCUCAAGUAUAGAAGAAGAGACUGUGAUGCCUGAAACAUGGCUAAAAACUCAUGGCUACAUGGUAAAAAAAAAAAAACCAAAAUCAGGUAAUAAAAUAACUGGCAUAAGUCCCUACUCCACAGCAGAGGUGAUUUCCUCAUAGUGCUGAAGGGUGGGUUAUUCUAUUAAUUUAGGGCCACAGCUGGUCUGUCCUCUCUAUAAGAAAAGGCUGCCAUUCAUGGGGUGGAAACCUUGCUGCCCCCCUCCCACAGUGGUGAAGGAGUGUCACCUGCUCCCCAGGACACCACUGCGAGCUCUCAAAUGUGACAUGAGGCCCUUCUCUCAUCGCCUCUUACUGCUGGCAGCUGGUUUUUGGCUAAGACAUUGCUCCUGGGGAAGGGGCUGGGCAGGUGAGGCCAUGAAAUCCUGAAGUGAACACUUGUGUAAGCAGAUGGAAGGGAUCUGUUGGUGACUUGUGUGGAGGGCAAUUCUGGCACUGCACAAACCAGCGUGGUGACUGCCUGUGCUGGCAUUCAGCAGAGUCUUAAAUGCAUGCCUUUGAAGAUGCUUUUCCAAGGGGCAGCUGGAAGCCUCCAAAUAUUUCUAUCUUUCUUACCUAGUUAGCACGGAGAUGGAACUAUCAGCCUGGAGCUCAGCAAAUUAUCCUAAUUUCAGUGCACAAUCUCUGAAGUCUUAAAGAAACCCAUGAGCCAUGUAAACAUACUUUUGCAAAAGGAGGCCCCUUUUUCUUCUGUCUGCUUUCUUUAUAUCAUUAGUUUGGGCCUUGCUAGCUACAGAGUCAUUAUAUCAUAUUCUAAUUGUCUAAAUCUCCUGACAGAAAGUCAUUAAAAGGCUUCCUUCAUCUGCUCUAAGACAGAUGAAGACAAAUUGUACACUCUCCAUUUUUUUAACAGAGUGUGUGACCUGCAUACUCAGAAGCAGGUUUCUUUCCAAGGUAAGUGCCUGCUCUGUACUCCAUCGUGUCUCCUGCGGCAGAGGUCAGUGGUUUCCUCUCAGAGGGGUGGUUUGUUGCCUUCAAGCUAGGAGAAUCCUCUACCAUUGUGUUUUUCCCACACUGGUGUGUAGAAGACUGUGUCUCAAAGCACUAUGCGGCAAGAAGGACUAACCCACAAACCAAAGCAGCAUGUACAACCAAUCCCAAAUGGAUCAGUUCCAAACUUCUCACAGUGGUCAAGAUAAAAAGGAAGGAUGAAGUCUGUUGAAGUACCUUGAGCUAGCCCACAUCAUCCCUCAGGAUUUGGCCUGUAGCCUGACAAGACUAGUGCCUGUAGGCCAGGUUAACUUUCCCUAGAACUUCAUGCAGUUGCAGGAGAAUAGAAAGCAGGAGGAAAGGAAAUUCCUGUGUGCUGCUCUGGCUCAUUUGUUGCCACCUUUACCAGGACUAUACUUGCCAGCAGCAGCGAUGAUAUUUACAGUUCUUGUCAUGAACAGAUUACCUUUCUGUAAGGAUUCCUAAGAACAAAACAGUAAUUAAACCUCAUAAUGCCUUGGGGAGUUGCAAAAGAGUCAUGUUACUUUUAUAAUGAAGCUCUGCAGCUGUUUGACUGUGUAUGGCACUUCUAUUAUUGACUGAUUCACCACAGGCCCAAGGAAUCUGAACUGGAGGAGUCCCAACCACAUUCUUUUUCUGCAAUAAAUUGCGGAAGACUGGCAGUUUUUUCUCCAGUCAAUCACCCACGCUGUUUUCAGAGAAUCCCAAAAUGGUUUGGGUUAGAAGGAACCUUAAAGAUCAUGCACUUCCAACCCCCUGCCUUGGGCAGGGACACUUUCCACUAUACCAGGUUGCUCAGAGCCCAAUCCAACCUGGCCUUGAACAGAGUGAUCAUGACUUUGACAGCAAUACAUAAAAUCCAGUCAAAGUCCUGCCCAGUAGAGAUGUUUCCAUUUUUUCCUGUGUGGAGGAGUUUGUUGCCUCAGUAAGGAUUUUAUGUCACUGUCUUUUGUCAUGAGUUACUUUAACUUAAGGUGAAAUUUUCUAUUUUACACAUAGAUAGAGAUUUAGGAUGGAUCACAACAAAACUGAAUCUUUUUUUGCUAUUGUAAAUAUAAGGAAAUUUCAGGAAGGUGUCUGCUGUUCUCCACAGAGUAACUGCUUUAGAGGACAGAGAUCAGAACAAUCUGUGCUGCCUAUUGGCUCCAAAAUCCACCAUUGGAAGUUGGAAAGUUGAACUGCUCAUUUUCUGGCUCCUAUAAAUAUCUGUUCUAUUUGGCUUCCAGAUCACCGGGAGCAUCUGUACCAGAUCAUUAGAGGAGGAAAGAGGAUUUUGCAUCCUCAAUUUUUAUUGCUGCCAUAAAUACUUUGGUAGUCAUCGCAUAGGGAAUCAGACUCUGCAGAGCCUGCAAUCUGCAUGUUAGACACGAUCCAGUGCAUUGCAGGCAUGGGCAGGAGAAAGGGAGGAGCAGGCAAAAUGGGAAUAAAAGGUGAAGUGGAAAGAGUUGGGGAUACAUCACAGUCUGGUUGACCACCAGCAAUUUGCAGGCAUAAUUAGGGGGAAAGGUUUGAUGAUAAAAAGGAGCCAUACUAAUUUCUGUGGGGACGUUUCUCCAGGUGUAGGGCAGGAACAGAAGGGGAUGAAAGCAUAGUACCAUCCCAGAGGGAUCCAGAUCAGUUUAAUCUGGUGGACACACCUUUGCAGAGGGAGGAUGAUAUGGGUAUCUGCCAGGCAAGCAAAAAAAAAAGGAAGAGUUGUCCUAGACUUCCAGAAUCCCCAUGAGGCUAACAGAUGUUGAUGUGGUAAUUCAGAGCAUCUGAUUUAAAAAGAGAAUACAUUAUUUUCUUUCAGCAGCAGCAUUACAAUUACAAGAACAUCCUCUUUCCUACAGUGUGAACCCCAGACAUUUGCAGGUGGCCUGGACAACAUUUGUGCUUCGGAAGAAGCAUCUGUUAUGACUGGCUUAUUUGAUCAGCUGAGUGCACAUAGUGGAGGAAUAUCAGAAACUAGAGGGGAGGAAAAAAAAAGGAAACACAAUCCUUAUAAUCCUUUCUCCAAUGGCAGUGGAUGUUCAGAGGCAAGUUCUAUUAAGUGCUCUCCCUUCAAUAGGAACAACUGGUCAGAAUUAAUUUCUCAGCUCAGCGCUGUUGGUGGGUUUGUGUGGGAGUGAAAUAGAAGAGGAAAGUUCUCAGAAGCACCGAAACAUUCAAGUAUCACCAAGAGACAGGUACAUGGAGAUUCUGUAUUUCCUUGAUUAAAUGGGAAAAAAAAAGAGACAGCAGUCAUCAGCACUGUGCUCUCAUUACUGCACUAAUUAUAGCAGGAAUUCAGUCUGUGCUCUACCCAUGGCUCCAGCAUAUUGGAGAUGCCAUGAGGUCUGGGUUUGGAGAUCCACAGGCUGCAUCUAUUGGAUAAUCAAGUUUGUUCAGUGUUCUUUGUAGAGCUCUAGGACUAGAACAAUAUUCCUGGCACCCCUUGGAUGUCUAAAUGAAGACUCAUUAGCUUCUCUUUCUUUUGGCUUCUCGCUCCUUUAAUGCCAACAUCUUGGCAUAAAAACCUUGUUGCUACCAUGAUGCCUAAGGUUUGGUUUUUGGUUUGUUUGGUUUUUUGUUUUUAUUUUUGGAAGAAGUUGUUAUAAGCCAAUUGAUCAAUACAUAAUCUUAAGCUCAUUUCUGGGAAGUUUUUGGAUGAUGCAUUAAAUUUUGGGAUCAGCAUUAAGUCCCUUCUCCUUGUCAGUCACAGUACAAUUUUGAAAUAACGCUGAUUCAAGACAUGCUGAAAAGACAGCAGAUUUUGAGAUGAAAGCCAAAAGUUUCUGAGUUCUCUAGGCCUAGGAGUUACUUGGGAAUGUAUUUUGGGGACAGGGCUCCCACAACCAAGACUAAUGCUUAGCCAUAAAGGUACAUCACGAGAGAAGGUUCUUAUCUCAAAGAAAUGAUGAAGGCUGACAAAAGGUGGGUCUAAAAGCAAAGAGGACUCAAUUCAGAUGCCUGUACAUAGGUAGGUGUCCAGUGCCACUGGAGAUGCCUUAAGAUAGGUCUGACGGUAAUUUACACAAGAGUUGAUGCAGUCUCCCCAGUUCGAUGUACAGAGACAGUCUGCUCAGUAGCUCUGCCAAAAAUACCUUCCUGUAAUCUCUUCUAAACCUUUCAAGGUCUGUGCAGUUGGUUACAUGGAGCAUAAGCAAGGCAAUCAAGAAACAGAAUCCCUGUGCCAGAAGCAUCUUCAGCUGCUUCACUGGGCCUCUUAAAGGCUUCUUUUUGCUGUGAGUUUGGAUUUUUUUCAUGCACAAGAGCUUUGUGGAUUAGACCCAGAUGUACUGGAAAGUUUGGUGAGGUCUUCAGAGUGUCUUAGUGUUGGCUGAUUGUCACCUGAAACCACUGUAUUUCCCCAGAAGCAUAUAUAAACUGGUAAUUGCAUAUUAGCAAAACUAACUCAGCCAUUCAAUUAUUAUUCUGUAUAAAUUCUAUAUCUGUGAAAACAUUUAUUAUUGUUUUCCCCAUUGUUGAGAGAGUACUCAUAAAGGCAGCUGUCAUUUAUUUCUGUUGCAAGCAAUUGAGAGCUGAGGUAGUUGUUUAAAAGCACGAAUUAGAGGAGAUGACAUGAACCUCCCUUGGCAGCAUAUUCACAAAGAUAUUAUUUCAAGAGUUCAGAGCUUGCUCUGGAGCACAUUUGCCAAGGAGCAAGGUAGUGCUUCAUCUGCUGGAAGUGUGGACAAUACAAUCCUUGGACUUCUCCUGACUCGUAAAUGUGUUAUCCAUAAGCAGUUUGUUAGGCAAGAGUCCAGAUGUAGAUAUGAGCUGAGGAAGAGAUCUGUGGGUUUGUCACCUUCCUUCAUGUUCUGUGGCAUCCUCAGCUCUGAUAUUUACCUCUCACUGAAGCCAAUUCCAUGCAUAAGUUACCAGUAUUUUUUAUUAUCUACAUAUAAUAAACUACAUCUGAAUAUCUGCAUGCAUCAAACACUUGAGCAGCUUGAUCCACUUGAAUUGCAUAGGAAGCGAAUUUGAUGCCAUUCAGGAGUUCCAAGGGCCAGGUAUGUGCAUUUUUCGCCCCAUCCCUGGAAGUGUCCAAGGCCAGGCUGGAUGAGGCUCUGAGGAAGCUGGGCCAGUGGAGGGUGUCCCUGCCCAUGGUAGGGGGUGGAACUGAAUGAUCUUUGAGGUCUCUUCCAACCCAAACCGUUUUGUGGUUCUGUAAUCUGCCAAGUCUCUGCUGUGGGGUCCAGAGCAGCACCAUGACAUAGCCUGUGUAUCCAGAUGAGCGUGGCCCCCUGCUCCUUGCCUUUCUCAAGCAUUAGAACAGGUCUCCUUUGGUAACCUGUCCUUUUAGUACAGUUCUGGUUGGAAGCAACAGCAGUCACAGGACCAAAGAGCAAAAGCUGCACAGUCCAGAAGCCCUCAGGAUUGUUCUCCUGAUGAUACUUGCUAUUGAUAAUGAUUUUGUGGCAAACACUUCUAAACUAUGCGGGAGAUAGCCAGGUUUUUCACUGGUUAAUAUAUUUUUCCAUCUCGAUGGAGUUGUCUGAGCUGUCACACAUUCUGCAUAACUGAGUUCCCUAUUACUGUGCCUGUCAUUCAUGUCCCUGCAAUCCCCUUUUUUCUUGCCAAAUCACUGAAUUAAAAACCCAAUUCACUUUGGCACUAAGAGCUCCCCUAAUACUAUUUCAGUGAAGGAGCAAUUUUGGGGGUUAUUUUUCUACUUAGUUCUUGCUGAAAGUAAAAGUUCUGAGGCUUUUGUGUGCAGUCCCUGCAGAGCUGCCCUUCACAGUUGUGCUAAAAUUCAUCAAAGGACACCCAUUCCCGGAGUGUAAAAGUACCACAUUGCUGAGGACAUCUCUCCAUCUGCCAGCCAUGCUAGUGAACAUCUGCAGCAGCACCACUGGGAGUACUUCAGGAAGAGGGAAGGUUUUAAAAAAAUGACAUGUGUUUCAUGAUAUUAAAAACAAAAAUCCAGUUUAUGUGAACAAUAAAAUAGUUUGCCCCAAAUUAAAUUUGUGAAAAUUUACUACAGGUGAUUAUUUUUUCACCACGGUAAAAAAUAUUUGAUGGAGAAGUUUUGUGUCUUUAAUUCUGAGUCUUAUACAUCAGUAUAAAUAACUCAACAAACAUUACUUAAACUACCUGAUAGAUAUAAUAAAAUAUAGUCCCAUCUACAUGUGACAGAUAGAAAGCACUGAUCUGAUUUAUCACUUCCAUUGAUUCACACAGAUAAAUCAUUGAGCUCUUUUUAGGACUGGGGCACCAAAAAUACAGAAAUGAAACCUGCUGGUUCAUGAGCAAUUAGAAAACUUCAAGGAAAGGUCUUAAUAGAAAGCUCUGCAAGAAAGAAAAAAACCAAAACAACACCAAAAAAAGUGUGUAAAGUUCACUAUGAUUGUAAAGUUCACUAUAACUGUAAAGUCCACAAUAAUUGUCUCCCUGACCCUGGGUCAGCAAAAACCCAGUAUGCUACCAAAGGUCAGUCAAACCCUCUUCUAGACUGGAUUGCCCUUCUAAUGCCCUGACCCCCCAAAUUCAAAAUCUUCAUCCUAAAUCACCUUUCCCAAAAAUAUUUGUUUAAAUACUUCCAUGGUUUCCAUAAAUUACAGAAAUGCAGUAGCUAUCCAACAGCAUCAGCACGUGAUAUCUUUCAAUUAAAAACUCCCAACACAUGAUCUGCCUAAUUCCUAAAGCUGCUUUGAAAAGCUAAUCUUUGGUGUUUUGCCCUUCAAAAUGGUUUGUUAUGGAUCUGGUGACAGACACAAUACAGUGGUAUGAGAAAUGGUACUACCCUCUAGUUUAUUUGGAGUUUGCUAAUGAUCUGUGCCCACUGGAAAAAGAAGAGGAUGUAUCCACGCCCCAGGUGGCCCCAGGUGACGAAGCUGAACCCCAUCACUUGGCUUUGGACUGUUUCUUGGAGAGUGGGGGUCCAGGGUCCUAGUUCUGCAUUGGUCCCCCCACGUGGGACUGAAUCACUGCAGCUCUCUGCAUUUUCCCUCGAUGCAGUUGCUGGAGAUCACUUGGUGUCUCUGCCACACCCCUCCAAAUAUUCUCCUGUCGUUAAAAACAGUGACUCCCCGAGGGACACAGGCUGGAUAUGAGGGGAUGAUUCCAGCUGAGUUUUCCCUGCCUUGAGUGACUGAGACUGAGUGAGAGCAAGUGAGUGAGUGAGUGAGUGAGUGAGUGAGUUCUCAUUAUUCUCUAUCCCCUCAUUUGGUGGUCUGGACUUAUUUUGAGCACUCAAAAGUCUUGCUGUCAGCCCCUUGUGCUGGUCUGAAGCAGUGCUCCAAACAGACUGCUUUCCAGCUGUGAUCCUUCGUCUUUUACUGUCUGCAAAGCUGUCGUGGCAUGUCCUGCAGAAACCUGCAGAAGAAAUGCUGGCCCGGGUCCCACUUGGCCAGGCUGGGCUCCUGAGCAUGGCACUAAAGGUCAGUGGUUCACUCCUGUGGAAUCUCAGGAAUCUUCUUCAUUUGUUUCCUCCUUCUUUCCAGUCCCCUAAUCAGAUAAACCGUGUGGGGAGAGGCAAGAGAGCGAGGGGAGGAGUAUGUGAUGUAACCUCUUAUUCUGGCUAAGUUGCGCGAUAACCCCACGGUGCCUGUGGCUCGCAGUGGGGUUUAGGUGGCACCGCUAGGAGACUGAAGAAGAUGGCCUGAAGAUUCACCACGGCUGUGGGAGACCUCGCAGGGGAUGCACUCACCUCCUUUGUGGAGAGGAAGGCUGCAGCUCCCUGUCUUGCCGGCUCUACCUGCGCCACGAGUGGCUGGGGCAGCCCUGGAGAAAGGGAUGCUUGGAGCCACUUGCGCUGCUGCGGAGAUGAACCUGGAGGACGCUGCCCCUCUGUAUUUGCUAAUGGAGAGAACUGGAUCAGAACUUGGGAUGGCUUCAACUUGGCAGAAAACUCAGGAAUUCUACAACUGGAUUCUUGAAAGUGGAGACCCAAGGACAGACCCGUGGCCACUGGUUUACUCCCCACUUCCAGUCACCUUGAUCUUCACCUCCUACCUCUUCAUGGUGGCACUGGGACCGUCCUGCAUGCGGCAGCGGCAGCAGCUGGAGCUGAGGGCUCUGCUACUCACCUACAACCUGGCCAUGGUGGCAUUAUCCAGCUACAUGUUUUAUGAGUUUCUGGUCACUUCAGUCUUGGAUAACUAUAGCUACCUGUGCCAGCCAGUGGAUUACAGCCGGAGUGAGCUGGGAAUGAGGAUGGCAAGAGUGUGUUGGUGGUUCUUCUUCUCCAAAGUCAUCGAGCUGCUGGAUACGGUUUUCUUAAUUCUGCGCAAGAAACAGGAGCAGGUGACUUUUCUGCAUGUGUACCAUCACGGCUCUAUGCUCUUCAACUGGUGGUCAGGGGUCAAAUACGUGCCUGGAGGACAAGCCUUCUUUGUUGGGAUGCUGAACUCCUUUGUCCACAUCUUCAUGUACAGCUACUAUGCCCUGGCCAGCCUGGGACCGCGGAUGCGCCAGCACCUGUGGUGGAAGCGUUACCUGACCAUCCUGCAGCUGUGCCAGUUUGUGGCCAUUGCUGCUCAUUCCUCCUACAACCUCUUCACAGAGUGCCCGUUCCCUGAUGGCUUCAACACCGCAGUCUUCCUCUACAUCCUCAGCCUCCUGGCUCUCUUCCUACGCUUCUACUAUCAGACCUACGUCAGGGGAAAGCGGGAAAAGCUGACUUGAAGGAAAUCAAAGAGGACAGAGAGCGCAGCCUGAUGAACAUGAGCAUUCUCUGCUGCUUGUGACAUGGUUCCAGGAAGGAAAUGUAUCUGGGGAGUGUGUGUGAGGCCCAUGUCUAGCCUUCAAAUAUCCCAGGUUAGGGAGAAGAAAGGAAUGAUGUAAACUCAGGGAUUAAGGAACUGGGGAGGCACACUUAAUUAAGCUGAGGCCAAGCUAAGCAAAGUCGUCACAAGCAUAACAGGCUUUGGGACAUUUGCAAGAUAAGGUCUUUUUCCCUUCCAUCUUUAACUUGGGGUCCAAGGUCUAGCAGCCAGCUACAACUCCCUGCCUCAUUUCUUAGGCUGUAGAGGGUUUCUUUGCAUCCACAGAACUAUCUCAGCUUGUUGUUGUAGGUCAGGCAGGGUCAUGUGCCUCCAGCUGGAAAUCAAUGUCCAGGCAGCAGCAGCAGCCAGGAAUCCACAGGAUGUACGCUGCAUCCCACCCGUCCUGCUAAGGAAGCUCCUACUAGACCUGGGGUGGUCCUGAUGGUUUAACUUCUUAUCAGUAUAAGCAGCAAGGAAAUUGGACAUUAGGUUGUCUAGCUGGACAGGUGUCUUUACUGUCUUGAAGCUAAAGAAGGCAUUAUUAGCACUUUCAUCCUAAUAAGAAACCAGUGCAGUAAGAGUCACCAUGUCCCAUUUUCUGGAAUGCUCAUUUCCCUUUGGUUGCUCUCAUACCAACAGAGGAUUUUAAUGCAUGAAGAUACUUGGUAUUGCUCCUUGUAAAUGCCAUAAUUGAACUAGAAAGAAUAGACUGAUGUUCCCUUUUCAUAACUUUUCUCUCCAAUCUGUUAUUAUUUUUAAUACUGUUAUUUUUAAAUUUUGCUUCUUGUCAAACAUAGAGUUUAACAACACCACAAGCAACCACCUCCACUACCUAAUUGUAGAAGAAUUAAUAUAAAAUGUAUAAAAUCAAUUCAUCGGGUAGUACAAAGCUGCAUAGCUCCAUUGAUUUUAAGAUAUCACUAACUGGCUUAUUUUUUUUGCUCCUAAAUCAACUACAACCACAAUUUGGCACUUAUAUUCAUCUGCAGACUGUUAAAUACUGUUGAAGUUCUGAUGUGAUAGUACUUUGAAGAUCCUAAUUAAACUACAAAGUGGUAAUUA